GUGGGGCCCCAAAGAGCGCCUCUCACGAUUCCCCUACCCUCAGCUUCUUUUUACCACCCAAACCGCUGCCGGCUCAGUCGUUUUCGGCCCCGCCACCGACUCACUACCACCCUACCCCUAUAAAUCUCAUUCCUUUGGAAAUAUGUCAUAAGAGAGAAAAAGAGAGGGAGGGAGGGAGUGGGGGAGAGGGAGAGAGACACCUGGAAAGUAGUCUUUAGCGAUGGAGAACAGCAGUACCACCCCAAAGCCUAUCCGAUGCAAAGCGGCGGUGAGCAGAGCACCGGGGGAGCCGCUCCGGAUCGAGGAGGUGGUAGUGGCUCCACCCCGCGCCUACGAGAUCCGCAUAAAAAUCAUCUGCACCUCCGUCUGCCACACAGACGUCACCUUCUGGAGAAUGAAGGGCUACCCUGGCGUCCUGCCCCAGAUCUACGGCCACGAGGCAGUCGGGGAAGUGGAGAGCGUGGGGGACCACGUAGAGGAGGUGGUGGUGGGAGAUGUGGUGGUGCCGUCGUUCUUGGCGCAGUGCGGGGAGUGCGGGGACUGCGAGUCGGAAGGGAGUAAUAUGUGCGGGAAGCUGCCGUACAGGCCGGUGGGGAUGCCGAGGGACGGCACCACCAGAUUCACGGACGCGGAGGGGGCGGUGGUACACGGAUUCCUCGGUGGGGCCUCCAGCUUCAGCGAGUACACCGUCGCCGAUAUUGCGCACGUCGUCAAGGUGGACCCGGCCAUCCCGCCGGAGAAGGCCUGUUUGCUUAGCUGCGGCGUCUCCACUGGAGUGGGAGCAGCGUGGAAGGUGGCAAAGGUGGAGGCAGGGUCCACUGUGGCCAUUUUUGGACUCGGAGCGGUUGGUUUGGCGGUGGCAGAAGGGGCGAGACUUCAAGGAGCUGGGAGGAUCAUCGGUGUCGAUUUGAAUCCCGACAAAUUCGAGAUCGGGAAGAGGCUCGGGAUCACUGAUUUUGUUAACCCAAAGGAGCUUGGAGAGAAACCUGUUAGCGAGGUUAUCCUGGAGAUGACCAGUGGGGGCGCGGAUUAUUGCUUCGAAUGCAUCGGUUUAGCAUCCUUGAUGGCCGACGCUUUUCGAAGCUCUCGAAAUGGUUCGGGUAAGACAAUCAUUCUUGGGGUGGAAAUGCAUGGCUCUCCAAUUAUGUUGGAUUCUGCAGAGAUCUUAAGAGGCAAAUGUGUUAUGGGUUCAUUAUUUGGAGGGAUUAAACCCAAGACUGACAUUCCAAUACUUGUAAAUCGAUAUCUUAAUAAGGAGCUUAAAUUAGAUGAGUUCAUCACUCAUGAGAUGGGUUUUCAUGAUAUAAACAAGGCUUUUGAUUUGCUCAUCGAAGGAAAGAGCCUUAGAUGUAUCAUAUGGAUGGAUAGAUAAGAUGGGAAAGGAAAGCCACAGCAUUUAUUUGUGAUUUUAUUUAUUGAUGUAACAAAAAAUAAGUGUAACAGAAAACUAUAAAUAGUUCUUUUUAAUUUCAUUUUUGGUA